UCUCUAUCCGGUAACCAGAUAGGGAUGUAGAAUAACAAAUGAGCUCAGAGGCCUAUCAGUUACCCAUGAAGAUGCUGGCAGGUUUACUCUUCUGUUGUUGCCUGAACGACUAAAGACCAUCUGUCACGAUGAUCCACAGUCUUUUCUUGGUUAACGCAUCGGGGGAUAUCUUUCUGGAGAAGCACUGGAAGAGUGUGGUCAGCCGAUCCGUUUGCGAUUACUUUUUCGAGGCGCUGGAACGGGCAACGGAACCGGAGAACGUGCCUCCGGUGAUCCCGACCCCGCACCACUACCUCAUUAACGUGCUCCGACAUCGCAUCUACUUCGUGGCCGUCAUACAGAGCGAGGUGCCUCCUCUGUUUGUCAUCGAGUUCCUCCAUCGUGUGGUGGACACAUUUCAGGACUAUUUUGGGGUGUGCACAGAGGCAGCUAUUAAAGACAAUGUUGUUGUGGUCUAUGAGCUGCUGGAGGAGAUGUUGGAUAAUGGCUUCCCUCUGGCCACCGAAUCGAACAUCCUAAAAGAGCUUAUUAAACCUCCAACCAUCCUGCGCACAGUAGUGAACACCAUCACAGGAAGUACUAAUGUUGGCGAGCAGCUUCCUACAGGUCAGCUGUCAGUGGUACCAUGGCGGCGCACAGGAGUCAAAUAUACCAACAAUGAAGCUUACUUUGACGUGGUGGAAGAAAUCGAUGCUAUCAUUGACAAAUCAGGUUCCACUAUCACAGCAGAGAUCCAGGGAGUUGUAGAUGCCUGUGUGAAACUUACAGGAAUGCCUGAUCUUACCUUGUCAUUUAUGAACCCUCGACUCCUGGAUGAUGUCAGCUUCCACCCCUGUGUGCGGUUCAAGCGUUGGGAAGCCGAGCGAAUUCUUUCCUUCAUCCCACCAGACGGAAACUUCCGUCUCCUCUCUUACCACGUCAGCUCUCAGAACCUGGUGGCCAUCCCAGUGUAUGUAAAGCAUAACAUCAGCUUCAGAGAGGGCAGUUCUCAAGGUCGCUUUGAGCUCACCCUCGGCCCAAAGCAGACCAUGGGUAAGGCGGUGGAAUCGGUCCUGGUGAGCAGUCAGCUGCCCCGUGGCGUCCUCAAUGCCAACCUCAACGCCUCACAGGGCACUUACACUUUUGACCCUGUCACCAAGCUUUUGUCAUGGGAUGUGGGUAAGAUAAACCCCCAGAAACUGCCCAGUCUAAAAGGAUCUGUGAGUCUCCAGGCUGGAGCCUUUAAACCUGAUGAAAACCCAACAAUCAACAUCCAGUUCAAGAUUCAGCAGCUGGCCAUUUCAGGUCUGAAAGUAAAUAGGUUGGACAUGUACGGCGAGAAGUACAAACCUUUCAAAGGCAUCAAAUACAUGACCAAGGCUGGCAAAUUCCAGGUCCGAACCUAGAGGACCUCUUUCUGCUUCCGUACCAUAAUUAAAACAAUGGGUUUAUGGCAAAAUGGGGAUGAAGAAAAGAGAGAGGGAACAGGUUUGAGUAAUUACAUGUCCUUUGGAAUGCAUUUCAGGAUUUUUUCAGGAAAAUGUAUGAUAAGACUGUCAUCCAUUAAUGGAAGCGUGUGACUCCCAAAGAUGCAAUGUUGUUGUUAUUAACACUAUCAAAUGUGCUAUUACAGGUCCACCCAGGUUAAAGGGACAGUAACUACAAUUCUGAGCCUCAUUUUCUUAUUUAAAAAUGUUUCAUCCAUUUUAUUUACAGCUUGUUUGGAUAACAUUUGCUCUCAAACCUGUGUUCAUAGUACUCUUUCUUGGUUUAUUUCUUAUUGUCAGCUUUAUAACUCUGUCCUUCACACUGUAUUUCCAUCCUGACAUUUCUGAGUCUCAUUUCUUCAUGAGAUUGAACUGCGCUGUCAUGUAUUGAUCUGUGCCUCCGAGAAGUGAGGCAAUAGGUGACUAAUUUCUGCAUUGCAGAACAAUAGUCUUAUAUUACCAUUACAGACUGAUUUUGGCUUCCGUCCUCAAUGAUUGUGUGCAAAGUAAACCAUAUUUCUGAUGGUUUAACACUGAAGCUUUUCUUUAUUUGUUUACUGUACUAUUUUGACAGUAUAAAUCUAUUUUGUUUGAAUGUUUUUGAAAACUGUUUCUCAUAUUAUUUAUUGCAUAUAUGACCAUAACCAACCUAUUUGAAGCAUAACUGAAAAUAACAAUCCAUAAUAAUGCUAUAUGUGAUGCUUGAUUGUAUCAUUUGUCUUACCCAGAAUGCGACAUGCAUUGAAAAAAUGAUGGACUUGUAGCACAGUUCUUGCAUCUGUCCAGUCAUUUAAAGUCCAGUUCUAGAGAUUUGAUGAUGAUGAUGAUGAUUCAUGGUUUGUUUGCUUAUGGAAACUGAAUGAAAUGUAGUAGGAAAGAUGUGAAUUUUGUUUUUAGUAUACUAUUGAUGUUGUUUUCUUUCCUCCUUAUUGUUUUUCCGAUAAAUACAACUGUUUACAGUGCUAUGUAAUAAAACAUACACAAAACGCC